CACUCCGUUUUACAGUAAAUUAUGGAGUGAAGAUAGAGAUGCUCUUACAAUAAUUAAGUAGUGGAUCAAAUCUCUUGGAAUUUGGUAUGUACAUAUAUCAGUCAUGAAUUUGAUUUUUUUAAUGAAAUUGAUUAUUACUAUUUGACUAAUUCGGGUAGUGGUUAACAUGGUGAAUUAUAACAGAUGAAAAAUUCUUCAAACAUUAUCUCGAAUCAACCAUGUAAGAACCAGUUUGCUCUAUACCACUAAAUGUGUUUUCUUUAAAUUGUCUGGAUAGCCGAUGAGAAUAUAUCAAAAAAAACUUUUUUUUGCUUAAAACAUAAACUGGUUAUCUUUUGAAAUACGUAUGUAUAUCAAAGUUGUUUGUUUGGGAAGUUGUAUUUAUAUUUAUUUAUUAUGUUUAGUGGCAACAAUAAUAUUUUCAUGAACCAUAUGACUGGAAGAUAAAGAUUCGAUAACAAAGUUACAAACACGAAAUAUAGUUCACAAUCUAGCUGCCUCUCUUCAAGUCCCUAAAAAUUCCAUUCGUCAUUUAAAGUUUCUUCUUUUAGUUUUGGUCCAACACUUUAACACUUACCUGUUUUUUUUUCUUUUACGUUGCUUAUCUAAAUACUGGAGUAUUUAAAGCAACAACCUUUUUUCUGAAUUUACGUGCAAGUGCUGUAUAUAGAAACAAAUACUAUACAAUCCAACUUUGUGGACUUAAAGUACAAAAAAUUAUAUUUCAUUCUUUAUGAAAAGAAAAGAUUUUAUGCAUAUUAUUGUCAAUAUAAGUCAACAAAAAUUUAAAAUAUAGCAGUUUCCAAUCUUAUAAAUUUCGCACAAUUUAUUCACUAUAUCUCUUAUAAUCGUAUUUUCGAUCUUAAAUCUUCAUAUUUUGUAAUAGAUACACAUUUGGUAUUAAGAUCUCUUAGAGUGUUAAAUAUUAAUUGUUUUUAUUUAACUAACAUUACCAGCUAAUAAUGUCUGAUUGUAUUUGAUCGCCUUUCACACGUACGUACACAUGACUUCAGAGUUCUAUAUAUGUAUCUAUAUCUUGGUCAGCCAUUAGCAAACCCCAAUAUCUCUCUCUCCUCUCUCUCAUAAGAAGGUACGCUUCAAUUUCAUUUUUUUUUUAGACCGCACUAAUUUCUUCAAAUUCUUUGAAGUUUUUAGACAAAACGUUUAGAAUUCAAGAAAGUUGCUGUUCACAUAUUUUCAUUUUCUUUGUUAGUUUUUUUUUUUGAAGAACAUUUUCUUUGUUAGUUGAUAUGUUCUUCUCAUGCUUACCUAUUUUCAGAUUCUUUAUUACUUAAGCAGCUAGCAAAAAUGGCCACAACGAUGAACGUAUGGUCUACCAAAUGGACCUCCGGAUUGGAUAUUGAAGAGUACAACAUCAUCCACCAACACCACAUGAACUCACUCUUAGGAGAUUUUCCACAAUCUCUUUCAUCUCUUCAUGAUACUUCCACUUGUUAUAACUUUGGUGCUUCUUGUAAUGAUUAUUUGGUUGAAGAGGAACCUUCAAAGAUCCUCAAGACCACUCACGAAUCACCAAAUUUACAUCUUUAUCCUUUUGCCAAUUCUACUUCUCCACACCCUCAGCCAUCUUCUAGAUUUCUUUCUUUCGAAAAGACGGGAUUAAAAGUUAUGAACCACAAGUCUCCAAACUUAAUAUUUAGCCCCAAGGAAAAAGUUGGAUCAGAAGAUUUGAUAAGAAGAGGGACAAAGAAGGCUCAACCUUUAGCUCGAAGUCCAUCAAAUGCUCAAGAACAUAUACUGGCCGAAAGAAAACGGAGAGAAAAACUUACUCAAAGAUUUGUAGCUCUUUCCGCCCUAAUUCCUGGUCUAAAGAAGAUGGACAAGGCUUCUGUGCUGGGAGAUGCAAUAAAGCAUAUAAAGUACCUCCAAGAGAGUGUGAGCGAGUAUGAAAAACAAAAGAAAGGAAGAACAUUGGAAUCAGUUGUUCUUGUGAAUAAAUCUCAGUUGGUUUUGGAUGAGCAUCAUAAAUUAUCACCAUCUUUCUCAGAUGGAAAUCGUGACUACUCAAGCUCGAAUCUUCCAGAGAUCGAAGUUAGGGUUUCGGGAAAAGAUGUUCUUAUUAAAAUCAUAUGUGAGAAGCAAAAGGGUAAUCUGAUAAAGAUUAUGGGUGAGAUUGAGAAGCUUGGUUUAUCGAUCACCAACAGCAGUCUCUUGCCAUUUGGACCAACUUCCGACAUCUCUAUUAUCGCUCAGAAAACAUGCGAUUUUGAUAUGAAAGUUGAGGACGUUGUGAAGAGCUUGAGUUGUGGUUUAUCAUAGUUCAUGUGAAUGGUUUCACAUUCUUCAGCGAUUUCUCUUAUCCAAGAAUCUAAAGUUGAUUUUCUUCCAUCAAAAUGGUUUUUAGCUGAUUAAUUUGUUGUAUGGAUCCUAAGUCAUUUAUAGAAAACCUUGUCCUUGUUGUUUAAGUUUCCCCAAAGACACUUAUCAUCAAUGUUUAGUAGACGGAUUUUUGUUCGCAGCUACUUGAUUGUUUCUUGCGUUGUAAAGCAUUCCGUUAGUUAAUAAAUGACAUUUUCUUAGAUA